AUGUGUAUACAUGGCGAAUCGGUUGCUCUUGUGGGUCAUGUCCCCAGGGAUUCCAAAAGUCUGGAAGCAGAACCUGCUUCAGGGUCAAUAAGCGUGGCAAUUCAAGUUGAAGAUGAAGAGGAUGCUGUACUUCAUGUGGGGAAUCUUGACCGGCGGGUGACGGAAAGCCAGCUGCACAGUGCCUUACAAGGAGUGGUGAAGACUCUACGCGUCACCAUACCCAAGGGCAGCGAUUCGAUGUCUGCCGGCUACGCGAUUGUACAAUUCGCAUCUGCAAGGGCAGCAAAAGAAGCAAUUGCAACUUGUGCCAAGCUCCAAUUGUGUGGCAGGAGAACCAUUAUGUGGGUUAAAAGCAGUGUCCUCUGCCCAGUAGGCUACGCCAGUAACGCCAAACUAAAUGCAAGAUCGAAACAUGUGCAUUUGCUUGUGUACUCACUCACAGCCCAAGCCGCUUACUUAAGCGGCAGCGAUACGCUGCUGUUCGAUAACUUGACGUUCUCAACUACGGAGGCCAUGCUGUACAAGCUUGUUUCGCGUGUUGGAACAGUACAGUCGAUUCGCGUAGUGCGGGACGAGGAAACUAGCAAAUCAUUGGGCUACGCAUAUGUCCAAAUGUCGUCACCUCAAGAAGCUGCCCGAACCUUGAAUAUUUUCAGGGACUCUGUUAUCGAUUCCCAACGCUCAGCAAAGAAUAAUACUGCAGAGACCCACUGUAUGAACGCUUCCUGUAGUACCCACUCUGUCGCCUUAACUCUAACAAAGCAGUGGCACAACAAGCACUUAUUUGUUGGAGGAUAUGUAGCUACACAGGCGGGGUGGAGUCACGACGCUUGCCACCAGAGCCGUUGUACGUGUGUAAAAGUGCACAGUGAGCCGUAA